AUGAAGAAACUUCGACAGAUUUUUUUGGCUGCAAGACAUCGAUACACACGAGAGUUUCAUUUUUACGCCACCAUUCCCAUUUCAGAGCUGCACUCGCAGGUCAUUUUUACGUGGAAUGCAUUUCGGGCGAGAGCUGAGCUCGUGCUUCCUCCUUCGUUCGGCCGUUCUUCUUGGUGGUCUUUUUCAACACGAUUGGAAGAACGCUGUAAGUACAAGCACUACUUAACAAGUGUGUUGUUCUUGUUUGAGCUUGACGUGCUCGUGCAUCCUGAGGUAUCGAACCAAAAGUGCCCCCUCGUCUACCAUCAACAAGAGUGAGUGCAGGUUCUGCACGAAAAAAGGAACUUGAUUUGUUUGUUGAUUCGUGAAAGUUUAGCCAGGUUGGCGUAGCCCGAGCGUUAAUUCCUCGCCACACUAUUCAACGUCUACGCAGCCUCCCUAUUCAAAAGCGUCACUCUCAUGAAUUUCCCUAUUAGUAUGUGCAUGUGAUGUCGCGACGUGAUCUUUGGUGGGAAUUUUGAAUAGCAAACGGCUGAUACGAAUUCGUGGAAAACAAAGUUCUGAGAGCACGAGAUUGACCUGCGUAGCCUGGGGAGGAGAGUCAACGUGAUCGCUGCCCUUCUUGUUCUUUGUUGUUCCUUCCAGAAGUAAUUCUGCCACUGGUUUCGUUUACUUUACAUGAAGCUUCAGCUUUUGCGUAGAAACAAAGAUCGAAGACUAUGUCGACGGACAGCGGCGACGAGUUGGGCGCUGCGCCUGGGUCGCGGCUUCAUGGCGGCCAUUGGGGAGAGAGCGAAAAGCAGGCCACCAAGCGGCAGCGGGAGGCCGCUGGCACUGCUUCGGCAUCGUCUGCCCCGACGUGUGCGCUGUCAGGUACGUUCUCCCACUGUGCGAGAGAUGAAAGAACAGCAGGACGCGGCGAACUCAUACUAGUGAGGACCCACUGGACGGCGCUGCCAACUGGGAGGCCACCGCGGCGCGGCGCCGCAUGGGGCAAGCCCAUCGCGCGCGCCCCCCGCCCGCUUUUGUGCUGCAA